CAACUAACCACCAUCAUGUCCAACAAAAAUAUCUGGGUUGCAGCUGGCGACGGCGACCUUGAACGCGUCAAGAUUCUAAUCGAAGAGCAAUGCAAGUCUUGACUUCUUCCCACCCCGAAUAUCGCAGCAAACAAUAUGUUCGAACAGCAAUCUCCCCGAACGCUCCUGAUUCAUUUACAUAUACGCCUAUGCAUGCAGCAGCAUCCUAUGGACAUCUACAUGUCCUUGAAUACCUCAUCUCAAAAGGCGGCGAUGUCAACAUCACAGAUUCAGAUGGAGAUACACCUCUAUACACGGUCGAAAAUAUCGUGACCGCGCGCUUCCUUGUCGAUCAUGGGGCAACCAUAAACCUAGUCAACCACGAACGGAUUUCACCUAUAACCCAUUUAUCUGAAGACUUUCCUCAAAUAUCCUCAUUCCUGGAAUCCCACCCAUCUCAUCGACCUGCAUCCGACCAUAUCACAAACAUGCAAUCCCAAAGUGAAAUCCAGAUGUCCCAGUAUGCUCAGAACAUCGCGUCAGAGCACCUAACCUCCGAACUAUUGUCAUCCAUUCAAACGCUCGCGGAGCAGGGUGUACCGCAGGAUCGAAUUGAAGCUGAACUACGGCGUUUAGUGGGAGAUACCGUUGCUCAAAGCCUGACGGAGGGUUAUGAGCUGAGCGUUCAAGAGGGGCCAGAAAACACAGCUUCAACAAGUGGGAGACGACAACAUCCGGCAGACGAUUCAUCGACGCAUAGAGCCGCGGAUGGUGUCAAUGGCGUUGUCGAUAAGAAACCUCGAAUAGAAUAAUUAACGAUUUACUUACCGCAAAUCUAGGUGUUUAGUGUGCACGGUA